AACUCUUUCCAUUACUCUGCGGCCAGUAUGUGGAACUCUCUGCCGGACACAUUCAGACAGUGCUGGUCUUACAAUCAGUUUAAAUCCCUGAUCGACCAAUGGAAUGGACCCGAUUGCAGCUGUUCUGCAUGUGCCCGGUAGGGAGCGCUGACUUGCUGGCUGGCCAGUACGGACUGAGAGCACCUGCUCCAAUAUUCAACUAUCGAAAGAGGCCUCGACAGGCAAUCACUGCAGAUCCCCCGUCUGGUAUGACUGGACCUUCAGGAGAUGCCAGCUUCAGCAAUUCCGAUUUUAUGCCAGUUGGAGGUUUUCAAAGGACACUGCAAUCAGUACACCAGAUGCCUUCUGGGACUAAAGCUGCUGGAGGACAGAGGAAUAAUGCUCCCAGCAACAACAGGUUUAGCAAUGUCCACAUCAACAAUAACGUCCCUUCACAACCAAGGUAUCCAACAACUAUCAAAAAACAGAAUAAUGUCCAACAACCCCAUACUGAAAGUUACAAUCCUAAGAAUCGAAACACCACAGUGUCCAAAAGCAGCGCACCAGUCCAGAAAAAAACACCAAGCAACUCUGAACCGGAAAUAAGUGUGCCCCAAACCAAUCCAAGACAAAAGUUUAACUUCAUUGAAACCACUGGACAAAAAACACCUGAUUCAGUGGCACAUGACAGAAAAAACCUGAUGCAGAUGGGCCCAAUGCUGCAGCCUGAAAACAUUGAUGAAUGGGAAAACAUGUCUGAAUAUCCCACAAUGCUAAACAUUGACAAACAAUCUAAACCAAGGGCUUCUAUACCGCAGAUGAAGUCUUCAAAUAAUACCAGUUCCUGUGAUCUUGAAAAGAGUACACACUUCAUCACAUGUGAUGUUAAAGAUGUACAGCGCUGGGCAUCUUUGAAAGACAAAUUACCAGUCUUGUUGGAGACGUGUGGAUAUCUGAAUUCAAAUAUAUCGAGAGCCGCUGGUGACUGCAAGGAAUUCAUGAUUCGAGAUGAGAAAAAUACUAUGAUGAAAUGCGUAUUCUAUGAGAUCGAUCGUGACUUCCCCAAAGUAACGCGUGGACAGUGUUACAGACUGGUUGGCACGUACGACAUUGAUAAGCAGCACUUUAUGUGCCUCUCUUUGAGAGCGGCGUCGGAGAAUGAACGAAAAAUGGCUGCUACUUUGGCGAAAAAGAGCUCCCUCUUCAUGUCCAAGCUUAUCCGCGAAAUACGGGAGCCUUAAACAACCUGUUUAUGAAAUGUGUUUCAGCUUUGCUGUUGUUGUUUUUGUCGUACGAUUUCGUGCACAAUGAAAUUGUGCGUAUGUGUGUUAUUUUUUACUUUAAAACGAAAUUGUUGGAAGUAAAGAGAUUUUUCGAAUUAUAUACAGGAACACGCCCUCGUGGAAUUAUAAAAUAGGAAUAUGUACUCUUUGUGACAGCGUUCUCUCGCUAUUAUUAGUGGAAAACCAUGGAUAGAUGUAUUAAGUUCUCAAUUUACCUAUUACAUGUGCACUCAAUUUAUAUAUAAUAUUUAGUUAAGUUUUCACGGAAUUCUUUUUGUAUUAGUUAUUAAAACGGUUAAAUUUUACAAAAUAUCAUUGUGUUGACAGUUGUAUUAUUUCAAACGAAAUAUGAGACUUGUUUAUGCUCAUUUAAAUGUUAAGAAAUACAUGUAAUAGUAUAAAGUAUGUGUGUUCUUUCAAAAGAAAUAAAAAUAUAUAAAACGCACAA